AACGUCAAACGUCAAAUGUGACGCAAAAAUGGCUUCCCGUGAUGAAAUUUGAAAAAAAUGCUUUAAAAUGUAUCAUUAUUUCGUGAUUUUGUUAAUUUUAAGUAUUCUAAAUAGUCUAGGAUCUUCUCUUUCAGGUAACGCUGGCGAGCUCACGUUGCAAAUAAUCAAAUGUUCUGAAGAUAACUUCGCCCCUGUUUCGGCUUCGGUCGUUGAAGAGAAAGCAGGGGCGAAUUUUUCCCUACUCUGUGAUUUAGUGUCUUCCGAAACCAACCGAAAUUACUACGACUUUCAGCUGUCGUGGGUGAAGCAAUCGAACGACAUCAGGUUCUGGCGCGAGCACCACCCCGACAAGAGCAAUACGAGAAUGUUUUCCAUCUUGCAGCCGAGCGAGAUGAACAAAGCCGUGCGCCGCUUUCACCCCCUCAAACCCGAAGACCGAGGCAAAUAUUUUUGCGUCAGUUUAAAGUAUAACUUGCUCGAGGUUGUCGAGGUUAUUGUGAGAGAUGAGAAACCGCCCCUUGAAGAGAGGCCUAUGAUUCAAGAAACGUUUUUUUGUAGCGAGCAGAUGUUUCAGUGCUCCAAUGGAGUGUGUAUUAUUCACCAUUAUAUUUGCGACGGGAAGGCCGACUGCAAGGACGGGUCUGACGAGAGUCUCGAGACUUGCCAUGGGGACCCUUGCAAGGACAAGCUGCCUUGCGACGACGGCAGGUGCAUCCCGAUGAGUUGGUGCUGCGACCGGCACCACGACCCCAAUUGCAACGUGACGAACAGGCCGAAGUGCUGCCAAGCCUUGUCAGAUUCUUACGAGGAGUUGGAGUACGGCUCGGCCUCCGUGACUCAGAGUCACAACGGGGCACGCUAUCUCUUCAUCACGAUCUGCACUCUGUGCAUCCUCUUCGUCAUCCUCCUCUUCCUCGUGCUGGCGUCGCGAGUCGUGCUGAUGGCGCGCAAGACCGACUUAAGUCGGUCCGCCCCCACCACUCUCGUCAACGUUGGCUUAACCAAUCAGAGCACGCGCCUGUCGUGCGACGGCUACACAUAUCGAAACACGAGAUUAGCAGCUUCCAGUAACCAUAUCAUUGACAAUUGUGAUGUCGCUGAUCCUCUUUUGUUUACCGAGGAGGAUCAGCCGCCUUCGUAUCUUGACGUAAUUCAUGCUCAAAACGAUCGCUUAAAUUUAAAUUUGAACGAGCCGCCUCCUCCGUACACAAGUAGAGAAGUAUUAAAUGAUGAUAGGAGCGGAACGGAACACUAGACAUAUCACAUUCCGCUCCCGUUGUUGGUAUGAUUGAUAUUAAGUUUUGGUCUGUUUUAGAGGCACCUUUUGCUAUGUUUUGUAACGUUGUUAGUGAAGACUGCUUACCCCCAUCACGUAUUGAAGUAUUUUUCCGUAGUUUAUUCUAUCGCGUUUGUACUAUAUUAUAUUAUUUAAUCAUGUAUAUAGGGUGACUACUUUUGUAGCAGGAGCGAUACGAUGCGACAAUAUUAGACUGUAUUUUAACCAGUACAAACUGAUUUAUCAAAAUUAUAUAUUUUAGUAAAUAAAAAAAAUCGGAAAA